AUGGGUAAUGCUUUCAGUCAAGCCUGGCCUCCAGCUCCCGCGUUUACAGAGGAAGAAGUCACAAAUCAAGCGGACAAGGUCUUUGUUAUCACUGGCUCCACUGCAGGUGUCGGCAAAGAGCUCGCCCAAAUCCUCUAUUCCCGCAAUGCAAAAGUUUAUGUCGCCGCACGAUCCGCUGAGAAAGCAUCGACUAUGAUCGCGCAAACAAAAGCGAAAUAUCCGGAGUCAGAAGGGGAAUUGAUCUUCCUUUACCUCGAUCUCGCCGACCUCACCCAAGUCAAGAAAUCCGCCAACGACUUUCUAAGCAAGGAGCAGCGGCUGGAUGUCCUCUGGAAUAACGCGGCAGUCAUGGCUCCACCGGAAGGCUCGGUGACCAAGCAGGGCUACGAGCUGCAACUGGGCACGAAUGCUCUUGGGCCGUUCCUAUUCACCAAGCUUCUCACUCCGCUGCUGUGUCAGACGGCGAAGUCAGCAGAAUCCGUCAGAGUCGCUUGGGUUUCGUCCUCCGCUGCCGAACUGCAAUCUCCCAACGGUGGCUUGGAUAUGAGCAACUUAGAUUAUCGGAGUGACAAGUCGAUUCAUUACAAAUACGCGGUCAGCAAAGUGGGGAAUAUUUUCCACUGCAAAGAGUAUGCAAAGCAGCACCAAGAGGACGGAAUCGUUAGUGUGUGCCUUAAUCCGGGAAACUUACGAACUGAGCUCUCAAGCAAUCUCGGGUUCUGGUUGACGAUACUCACGAAGAUUCUGGUGCAUCCUCCAAUCUACGGCGCAUACACUGAGCUCUUCGCUGGUUUGUCUCCUGAGAUUACGAUCGAAAAGACUGGUGUCUGGGUUAUUCCAUGGGGUCGCUUCGCACCACUUCGGAACGACCUCGAGCAAGCGGCGAAGACGGAAGCGGAAGGUGGGACUGGGACUGCUGAGAGAUUUUGGGCUUGGAGUGAGAAGCAAGUAAAGCCGUAUCUAUAG